UGCAUACUGAGUGUUUAGCAAAUGUCUAGAGGAUUUACCGAUGGAGAGUAUUGAAACACAACGUAUGUGAUUGGUGACGCCAAAUGUUGACGCUGUGAGUUCUAGAGCCAGUCAGUGGACGCUUGGUGCUCCCCGACGCCGGGUACUUCCGGUCCGAGUUCUCCAUGACUCUCCAGCACUUACCAGGACGCUCUCCUUCCGGCAGCCAAAUGAGAAGAAAUGAUCAGAGAUGAUUUGCCAAAUGAAGCACACGGGACAAAUGUGACAGACGGUCAGUUGAACGACAACUAUUCUCGUCACUUUACGGAGGGACCUUCCCAGACACUGAGCACACAAAUCAGCUCUGAUUCCCACUCAGAUAAUCAAAUUUACAACCAGACAAUUACCAGCGGGAGGCGAUUUUAUAAUUCCUACAAUCCGGAAGUAGGAGUAAACACCGCUACCGUUCUCGGAGGAAUUCUCGUGGUGCUCGUGAUUUACGUCAUUUACAGAACCAAGUGUAGAAAACGGAUAUUAAAAACGUUUCAAAAUUGCAUGAUGAAAUAUUUCCCCGACGAUUUUCCUGAACUUGAUAGUUCGGGACAGUCUGAUCAAGCAAAGAAAGUACCGGAGUCUGAGUGGAUUAGCAAGAGUGCAAAAAUGAUAUGGGAACAAAGAGCCAAUCUGUCAAGAGACGGAAAUGAUGCCGGCAGAGGGUCGUUAAUAAAUGAGGUAGACACAGAGGGGGGAAGGGAAAUACCUACGCGUCCAUUGCCUCAGAAUACAUGCCCGCUUUCAAACAAAAGACCUUGUGUAAAGAAUAAUGGGAACUGUGUUGUUAAUAUGAUUCCCUCUUGUUUACCGGCAUGCGAAGAAACUGUGCGGCAAGCAACAGCAACCUGGGUACAGAAUGUCCGUGAGAUGGACAUCAGGGAGCGGCAACUUAAUGGAAUAAUCCUUAAAAUCCCGCCUGAUCUCGUUUCGCACAAUGUCAAAAGUCGACGACACUUUCAUUCCGUGACAGAGUACGGCGAGAGAGAAGAAAACAUAUCACAUCAAAUAAACAAGAGUUUGCCAAGUCUUGUUGAACAACAGGCGAGAAUUAAAAAGUUAGGCUAUGCAAAACUGAACAUACACCCUGCUUGUAGAUCGAUACAUUCGUGCGGUUAUGUUCCCUUGGCAACACAAGAACGUGAUGGUCUUGACAUCGAGACUCGUCCUAAUGAACAUGUAUCGGAAAUGGAAGUAUCGGAGUCCAGAGCUCCAAUUGAUAUCUGCCCGAUAGUUAAAGUGCAGCAUUACCACUUACGGUCCAAACGACGCCUCACCUCUUUGUGUAAAAGCAGCAGUGACGAUGUCUCUUCUUCGUCCUCAGACGAUGAUGCUGACGUCACGAAGUGUAACUUGUCAGCUCGUGACGCUAAGUAUAUGCGCCUACAGACUGAAGAGACUGACCAGUGUUUUAAAAGUGACGGUCAUCCACUUUUACAUAAUAACAGUGGUCGACAGAAUUGCAACAACAAAUCAUUAUCAUUUCCAAAUAAGUCUGAAACCUCAUUAUAGCAUAACAAUCAGACUUUUAUUAUAGGAAAGGAUUUAUAUUUCAUACUUGUAAGACGUCCAAUGUUUUGUUUUGAAAUUUGGCCAAUGCUUGAUAGUUAUGGACUUCACGGAACGUUUAUAUCAUGUUAUAUUAAGGUUGCAUUACUGAACGGAACAGUUAUUGCGUCUGAUGUGGAUGGCACGAACGUGUUUACGUUAAUGGUAUUCAAGUUUGUUCCCUGGCGUAUAAUCAUAAGUCAAUAUUUUGUAUUUCCACAGUUUUAGAUUAACAACACUGUUUUAUGACAGUGUCACCUACUGCAGCCUGUUUGUUUGUAUUGCACAUGUAUAGUUUUCCCAAAUGGUAACAUUUUAGUAGGCGAUGAACUAGACAUGACUGAUGGAUGUUUAUUUAAUGGCAGAACAUGUCGGUUAAUUGUCGUUCUGGAAAAAUACGUUUUAUGCAUUGACUGUAAGGUAUUGUCCUUCCGACUGUGAUUUUAUGUGUAACCACUCAAGUACAAAUGUUUGUUUUUUAAACUAUUGCAAUUUUAUGUUUUUGUUUUCUGAUUGUGAUUUUCACUUGAUGCAUCGAUUUCUUCUAAGGCGCAGUCAUUUUGCAUAUCCAAAUAUUUAUGUCUGCAUAACGAGGGAUGCUCAAAUUGGACCUCGUUAUAAUCCAGAACGGUAAAACUGUAAUGCUGAUUAUCUUAUCUUUAUUUUAACUCGAGGGUUACAAAUAUAAAGCAAUACAAACAAGUCAUGAGAAAGUAUGUACAGAAAUAAACGCAAAUCAUGUGUUAUGAUAUAUAUGGAAGCGUAACCAAGUACAUAGUGAAAUAGAAUACUGCGGUUUAAAUGUAUAAUUUAACUUGAUAGAAGCGUGAUGACUGCAUAAGCAUUACUUGUAGCCGAGGUCAACGAAGGCAGCUGCACACAUAUGUGGUUGUUCAAGUUAGUGUGUCAUUCCCUACCUACCUGAUCCAGCCACACCUGCGCCAAGCCUCCGCCUUAAUAACCCCGACUGACACAAGGAAUGAAAUAAAUUAGUGAUAUACAAUUUAGUGAAUUUAAUGUAUAUAUGCUUGGCAAAACUUGUCGAAACAAAAUACCGGUAAUGCAAGUGCGGCGUUAUACAUCCGAUAACGCAGGUGCGGUGUUAUACAUCCGAUAAUACAAGUGUGGUAUUUUAUAUCUGUUAAUGCAAGUGCGUGUCAUACAUAUGUUAUUGCAAGUGCGGUGAUAUACGUGCGGUGUUAUACAUCCGAUAACGCAGGUGCGGUGUUGUACGUGCGGUGUUAUACAUCCGAUAACGCAGGUGCGGUGUUAUACAUCCGAUAAUACAAGUGUGGUCUUUUAUAUCUGUUAAUGCAAGUGCGUGUCAUACAUCUGUUAUUGCAAGGUUGCAAGGGCGAUGAUAUAUGUAUAUCUGUAAAUGUAAGUGCGGUGAUAUGCAUCUGUUAAUGCAAAUGGAGUGCUAUACAUCUGAUAAUGCA